ACCGCGGCCCCUUGUGUCCCCCUCUGGUCCUGCUGUGUCCCCCAAGCGCCCGGCACUGUCGCGGGCGAAGCUACAGCAGGAGGAGCUGCUGCUACAGCUGCUGCGGUCCACACCCCCCAUUCGGUGGACUCUGGCCAGUGAGGGAAAGCCAGGGGGAAAUGCAGGAAAAGGCUGAGGGGACCUGAAGCUAUGUCAGCAGGAGAAGCUGCUUCUGCUACAGCUGCUGCGCUCAACACCCCCCUUACGGUGGUCUCUCGCUCCAGAAGGGAGUGCUACAGAACGGACCGGGGGGGGGGUCUGAGUGUUUCAAAAAGACAGCAGGAGCAGCUGCUGCUACGGCUGCUGCUACAUGCAGUCAACACCACCCUUACGGUGGACUCUCGCCCCAAAAGGGGGUUCUCUGGGGAGGGGGCAGACGCCAGGCGGGGGACAGGGAGGGGGUGAGAAGCCGCAGCAGCAGGAGUAGCUGCUACAGCUGCUGCGGUCCACACCCCCCCUUCGGUGGACUCUGGCCAGUGAGGGAAAGACGGGGGGAAAUGCAGGAAGAAAUGCAGAGAAAGGCUGAGAGGCUUUGAAACUACAGCAGGAGGAGCUGCUGCUACAGCUGCUGCGGUCAACACCCCGGUACAGUGGCCUCGUGGUAGAGGGAAAGAUUGGAGAAAAUGCAGGGAAAGGAAUCCAUUUUGGAGGCGUCCGAAAAAUGGAGUGCUGCACCUGCUGUGCCCUUCACCCGUCAUACGGUAGCCUCGUGGCAGAGGGAACGAUUGGGGAAAAUGCAGGGAAAGGUUGAAGGGCCUCUAAGCUGCUGCUACAACAGCUACUACAGCUGCUACAGCUGCUACUACAGCUGCUACUACAGCUGUUGCUGUAGCUCCAAACCCCCCACUUGGUGACUCUUAUCUAAUGGCAGUCUACACCAAUGCUCACACAGAUGUACCAAUAUGCAUGUGCUGCGCGCAUUGGCAGGGAGUUUAGGCAGGCCGCCUGAAUGCUUAUGGCUUCCAAACCAAGCCAAGCAGCGUAUCAAUACUGUUACAAAGGAGGGGACGGUCUUGUACCGUAGGGUGCAUCCAUCCACCAGACGAGAGUACCAUGGUGUGGUGAUCGUAGAAUCUGUGAACAGUACAACAUGUUAAAUUAGGAACUGGGACGCCAUGAAAGUGACAUGAGGUUUUAGCUAGGAGCUAGGCGAGAGAGAGUUGACGAGAGAAAAGAGAGUUGGACAAGAAAGAGAGGGAUACAGGGAGGGGAUUGCACCCUCUACAGUUGAGUCCGGUAACCUACCAAGCCUAACAAUUAUAUAAC